AAUCAAUCCAUCAACCCAUGCUGCUUCCACGAUUGCUUGCGCCCGCCCGGGUAGCAAUUGCCUCCUCGCGAUCAUCCUCAAUUGCUCUAGCAGCAUCGUCCGCUCACACCUUCGAGGUUGUGCGGUGCAUUGCCGCGAACCCCAUUUCUCCAGCUCUCACAUUCAUUCGACACGCAUCCCAUCAGACCCAGGGACGCGCCAAUGGAGCAAAGGAUGGACCGGGAAAGCGGUUAGGAGCGAAGAAGAGUGGAGAGGAAUAUGUGAUCCCGGGCAACAUCAUCUUCCGCCAACGCGGCACCGGCUGGUUCGCAGGGGAAAACUGCGCCAUGGGCCGCGACCACACCAUCUACGCCACGGAAGCCGGCUUCGUGAAAUAUUACCGCGAUCCCCUCAAACACCCGAAUCGCCAAUACAUAGGUGUGGCCUUAAAGCGCACCGAAUCACUCCCAUAUCCGCCUAACGCCGCCCGCCGACGACGGCUAAACAUGCUCGCUGUACAAACCUCCCCAGACACAGCUAUUACCACGAUUAUUGGGGAGGGCCGGAUUCUGGAUGGGGAUAUGACGGUCAAGGAGACCAAGGUCAAUGCGAUGCCUAGGCAUAAGAGCGGGAAGGAGUUGGUGAUGGGCAAGAACUAUGCGUUCCGUGAAGCCAACUGGCAGAUUGGACGAGCGGCGGAGAAUGCGGGGAUCAAGGUCAGGCCGUUCAUUCCUGGUGAUAGAUUCAGGGCGUGGCAGAAGUCUGCGGCGAGAAAGGCGGCGAAUGCGGAGAAGAGGGGCCUAAGAGGGAAGAGGGGUGGUGGUGGAAAGAGCAAGAGGAAGUAGAGGAUAUCUCCUUUGUACGAUCAUAUAUAGAGAGAACAGGGCUUGUUGGUUGCCAAUUGUGGAUAUACUGUACUAUACUGAGGAAAAGACUCGAUAUUGGCAUGACUACGUUGUGACAGAUGCUUUGAACUGUCUCCAAAU